UUUACUUCCUGAGUUGACGUUUAGAUUUCUGCUAAACAGCUGAUUCGUGGAUCGUAAAAACUGCUUUGAAGUGUAUUAUUUUUUCAAAUUAUUGAAAAAAUGCAAAUACGGUUUAAUUUAGUAUUCGUUAAAAGCGAAAAGUAUCACUUGAGAAGCUAAAAUUUUUGAAUUAUUAUUUAAAAAUGGAUAAAGCGAAUCCUACUUGUUUUUUGUUUUGCAUGCUUACCUUAUUUGUGAGCGGCUCUUUAUUGUUCUUCUUGGGCUUUUUUCCAGCUAGCCAAAGCCAUCUUGUUGAAAUGUAUGGAAAUGGCAAUAUAACAACUAAACCAACAGAAUUGGAUGGCGUGAAUCUUAAAGUGCCCGCUGGCGGUCCCAAGCAAGUCAUCUUGCUCAUAAUCGACGCUUUGCGCUUUGAUUUUGCUACAGCUUCGAAAAUGCCUUAUGCUUAUGAUCGUUCUUGUAAAUUUCUGUCCCUUAAAGUUGAUAUACCUACGGUCACUAUGCCACGUUUGAAAUCAAUUGUCACUGGAGCUGUAUCAAAUUUCAUAGACAUCGUGUUAAAUUUAGGACACACAACUGCCUUAAAAGAUUCACUGUUGCAUCGUUUAAGGGCGAAAGAAAAGACGGCAGUAUUUGCAGGCGAUCGCACAUGGAUAGAAUUAUUUCCGCGAGAAUUUUCUCGCUGUUAUGAAAACAUAGAUUCAUUUUUUGUUUACGAUUUUUUUCUGGGUGACUCCAAUAUAACUGAUACUCUAAAGCAGGAAAUACAACGAAACGAUUGGCAUUUUCUUAUUCUACAUUAUCUAGGAUUAGAUCAUAUCGGUCACGUUGAAGGCUCAGAGAGUGAUACAAUUUUCAAAAAAUUGCUUGAAAUGGACAGUGUUGUAGAAUAUAUAACAAAAAAUCCAACAUUUGAAAAUCAACUGCUAUUGGUUACUGCUGAUCAUGGCAUGCGUAAUGGUGGAGGUCAUGGUGGCAAUGAGAAGGAAGAAGUAAAUGUACCCAUAAUGUUAUUUCAACCAAAAUGCUUAACCAAGAACAAACGCCCAUCUCUGAGUGAACACAAUCAAAUCGAUUUGGCUCCAACCUUGGCGAUUAUUUUAGAUAUCGAUAUACCCGAAACUUCACUGAGUUGUUUAAUACCCGAAUUUUUUGACUGUUACACUCAAGAGGCGCAACUCUAUCAUUUGCUCUAUAAUGCACAGCAUUUAAUGAAUAAACUGACGAAAAAACUUUCUAUAAAUUAUAUACGGCAGCGAGCCUAUUAUCAGUGGUGGCAGGAGGCGAGAAAUUCUCACAAGCAUUUUCUUUUAAGCAACAUUUCUAGUUUGGUCACUUUUGAAAAAGCUAAACAAAAUUAUAUGAGAUUCUCCAAAGAAGUAUCGCUACAAUUAACACAAACAUUGGUGGAAUUUGAAUACGAUUUCAUAGCUAUAGCGUUAACUCUAACGACAUUGAGCGCUUUAACCCUUUUGCUGAAUGUGUUAUUUGAAAAUCCUCUUCUAUGCGUUAUGUCGAAGGGAUUUUCUUUAACAGUUUUUCUGAGAUGCUGCUUCAUGGCUACUAUAAUCAAUUAUUUAUGUCAUUACUUCAAUUAUAUUAGUUCGCGUAGCUUGCUGAUUGGUAUUUUGAUUACGCUGCCUGUGGCCUUUAGUUUAUAUUUGAUUUGGGAUCUCUUCCAAUUAAUCUUACAAAUAAUUUUACCUCUGAGUCCAAAAUUCAAAGCUCAUUUCAAAUUAUCGAUACCAAGUGUGCUAACGGCUAUAUUUUUUAUACAAAUCGCAACGCGUGGAUCUUCUUCCUUGAUCGAAGAAGAACAUUGGACUUGGUAUUAUCUGACACCUACGCUUUUAAUAUUUUUAAUUGCCCAAAAUUUCCAUAAUAAUAUUAAACAUUGUUGGCGUAAUCAAAAGCUGCGCGAAAAUAUGUUACUAUUGCGGCAGACUUUCGAAAUGCGCAACGCCAUCUUUCUAUUGCUUAUCAUCGUUUUCUGUCGUCAUCUGAAUGCAAACGAUACUCGUGGAUACUACACGAUGGAUUUGGCGACUAUUUUCAGACGUAAAGGAAAUCUAUUUUAUUUGGAUUUAAUUCUACUGACAGGCUUGAGCAUGUUAUGGUGGCUGUUGCGUAAAUACAAUUCCCCACUUCAAAUGUUUACGUGUUUGGUGGCAUUGCUUAGCGUUUUCGGUUACCGUCAGUCCCCGAAAUACCCCGGAAUUCCUUUACUAAUCUUUUGGUGUGGCGUUCUGACAACAGCUUGCAUACACUACUCAGGCAUCUGUUGUAAACGUGGACGUAAUCAUUCUUUGGGUGCGACUUUUAAUUUACUAGCACUUCUGAAAACCAAUCUAACAUGCUGCUUAUUGGUGUCGGCUUUAUUGCAUGAUCCCCAUAACGUAAUUCUUCUGCCAGCCUUAAUAUUCAUGCUAGAGACAAGCUAUCAGCUCUGUGAUAAUUUAUAUUUAAAAGACAAACGUCUUUACAAUCGAAGUUAUAUUUUGAUUUUAAAGACAGUCUUGACCAUAUUUAUAGCGAAUACAUUUUACUUUUUCCAGGGCAAUACCAAUAAGUUGUCUACGAUAAAUAUAAAUCCUGGUUAUAUAGGUUUAAAAUCCUACAAUGCUUUAAUUGUAGGCUCUUUAAUUACUUUAAAUAUGUAUUGCGCUCAAAUAAACGCGUAUUUGUAUUUAGUAUGGCACAUGUUUAAUACGCAAGUGCAGACAUUGCCAAUUCGCCAAGAAAAGGAGCAAAUAACUAACAUGCAAUUAUUUGAAAGCACUGAGGAAGACUUGUAUCUAGUGUUGAACUUAUACACAACGACCACUGUCGUACCAGUUGCUGUGUAUUGGUGGCUACUAAUAGCAUUCCGUUAUCAUCUAUUUAUAUAUUCAGUGUAUGCCCCUAAGGCCAUCUAUGAGUGUUUUCAAAUCUUAGUAUUUUAUUUAAAUUUUAUUGUAACAACUUUGUACUUUAAAUUAUUUAAAUAAAAGAUUUAUAAAAAUGUAGUAAUUUAUUGCGUUGCCUCCGGUGUUACCCUUAAAGCGUAGUGUAUAUCGUCCGUGCUGACGUUUAAU